GGAAGGUAAACUCUUACUACCGAUGACAGACCCCAACGAACAAUUCGUAGUGGUCAUUAAAGAAGAUGAUGCUGCCGACCUUAGGAAAUCCCUCCUCCAAACUCACAGUGACGACGGAUUUCUUUCGUCUAGAACAAGUGACACCAAACAUGGCACUUCCUUCGCCAGGACUUGUCUCAAUCUCAGCAAUGCCAUCUCAGGAAUUGGCGUGCUAUCGUUGCCCUAUGCGCUCUCUCUCGGAGGGUGGCUAAGCUUAGCGAUUUUUGUCCUUGUUUCGAGUAUUUGUUACUACACAGGCCUUCUCAUUCAACGAUGUCUGGAUGCUGAUCCGUGCAUCAAAACCUAUCCCGAUAUCGGAGAGUAUGCUUUCGGGCGCAAAGGCAAGCUUGUCAUCUCUAUCUUCAUGUAUCUUGAGCUCUACCUCGUCGCAGUUGGGUUCCUGAUCAUGGAAGGUGACAACCUAGACAAGUUGUUUCCCGGCGUUUGUUUGAAGUUCGCGUCGGUAAGCGUGCAGGGGAAGCAGCUCUUCAUCUUGUUGUCUGCACUGGUGAUUCUUCCUACCACAUGGCCACGGAACUUGGGCAUUCUCGCCUAUGUCUCCGCAGGAGGAGUGUUGGCAUCGGCAGUUCUGCUCGGUUCCUUGCUCUGGGCAGGCAUCGUUGACACCGGGUUUCACGAGAAGGGCAGAAUUCUGGACCUGAAUGGAUUACCCACUGCUAUGGGCUUGUUCUUCAUGUGCUUCACUUGCCACGCAGUAUUUCCUACCAUAAGUUCUUCGAUGAGAGACAGCACUCGGUUUCCCAAGGUAGUAUCAAUCUCGUUCGUCCUAUGUACUAUAAACUAUGCUUUGAUGGCAAUUCUGGGAUACCUAAUGUAUGGUGAGAAGCUGGAGUCCCAGGUGACACUCAAUCUUCCUGCCGGGGAGCCCUACACGAGGAUCGCAAUCUAUACGACACUGAUAAAUCCUAUUACCAAGUUUGCGUUGGCAAUGUCUCCAAUCUCUGGGGCAAUCGAACAACAGCUGGCACUUUGCCGAGGGAGAAUGCCGGGGAAGAUGCCUAGUCUCCUGAUCCGAACUCUCUUACUCUGCGGCACGGUGGUCAUAGCACUCGCCAUUCCUUUCUUCGCGUACCUCAUGGCUUUCGUUGGCUCCUUUCUGAGCGUGGUGGUCUCGGUGUUGUUCCCAUGCGUAUGCUACCUCAAGAUUCAUGGGGUCUCCCAAGUCCGGCGACUCGAGCUGGUAAAUAUUCUGGGAAUCGUGGUUGUGGGAUCUCUUGUUGCAGUAAUUGGUACGUAUUCGUCUCUGCGUGAUAUCAUCUGCAACCGGUGAAGAACACUUGCGUUUUUGGAGGAAGAAGAUGCGUUAGUAAAAUGUAAAGCAAAGAAAGCUAUAGCUUUGCUAAUCCAUAACGAUUGUAUGUCUUGCACAGGAUCUCUCUGUAUCUGUGACGAUGCUCCAUGAUCACUCAUCUACAAUGAUAUGUUGAUGUCAUUUUUCUGAACAA